AUGUCCGCCACGAUCAAAGCUGCAUGUGCGUGCGCGUCUACGUUGCUCUUCCACAGUUUGCGCUUGCAUGCCUUCCGAGGCGCAUUUCCGCAUAUUCUGAUCGUGGUGGAUCGCGUUCCAUGUGUGCUGCAGAAGGUUGUCACUGAGGGCUACCUGCAGGUGCUGCGCGCAUACGGGCAGCAAGGUGCAGCGUACUUAACUGAAAACCACGACAGUUUAUUGGCGGCAUCAACCGAAACCUUGGCAGAGACAGCAGGCGACAGGGGAUCACUUAAGGGCCAUGAUGGCGACCUGUUCAUUCCCCUGGAACCCGGUGCAGAGACGCCGAGUGGAUCGGCAGGCUUUACUAUGCACGUUCCACUGCCGUCGUUCGCCACGGACGACCCCGCUCCUCUCUCCUACUCCCUCAUGCCGUUUUGCAGCGAAGAUUUCCUGAGUCGCGUGAGGCGGUUGCAGCAGUUCUUUCGACACUGCGGUGAUGGGCAGCUGCAGCAUCAAGGCGACCAGCACGAGGCGGCUGCUGCCGCUGGGGGCGCAACAAUGACGUCGCCUCCGACCGCACCGUCGAGUGUGUGGACGGCAGAGUUAUUCAGGGAGGAAUUCGAUGAACUGUGCCCGCUGCUGGGGCCACUCCUGUCAUCAAAAGGCGACUCGGUUGAGGUCGACGUCGCCGAGGGGAAACCCCUGUGGCAGGCGCUCUUUAACGGACCACCGCGAGAGCUCCUCGGGUGCGUCCUGGUGCAGGAAAACGCCUUCCAAAACGAGAUGAGGCGCUACCGGCUUCGUCUGAACCUGUUUGACCUCGGUGUUCGCGUUGCGGAGCAUUGCCACCUAGGCAUCAUGAGCCAGAGAGCGGAUCGCUUAGCAACCGAGGGUCGCCUCAAGGAGGCGCUGGAGGACGACCAAGUGUACAGCUAUGCCCGCUCCUGCGCUUUCCGACCCGAGCAGGCCCAGUGCCUCGCCAAGGCGAUCGCGGACUCAAUCGACUUGUACAGCUGGUGCCGCGCUGGGGGUGCCAGCUGCGCUGCAGCACGCGUAGGACAAGCGCUUCCAGCUUCCAUAACAGCCGCGCUGCAGAGUGCUGAACUUUGGUCUAUCUUCAACUCUGGUGCACUGAACGGCUGCACCUCUGCAACGGCGGCUGACCGCACCGCCAUGGAUGUCGGAGUCGCCUUACGGGAACCAAUCGAAGGCCCUGGCAUACCUCUCUUGAUUGUAUGCCGCGACGCGGCCAAGGUCCUCACCUACGGCGGCGGGAUGGAGGACUGCCUGACCAAUACCGGGUACUAUGAGGCGGCCUACGUGCCAGAGCGCAAUGAUGUCGCGCGGCACCGUGAGCGCUUUCGGACGGCGUACAACGAAGUGAGUGGCGGGGGCGGGGAGAGUGAAGGGGUUGAGGAAAAUACUUCUGCGACCCCCCCGAUGCACGGCCGCCUGAAGAAGAAAGAGUACCUUGCAAUGCUCAAGGAGAAGGGGCAGAAGCCGAACAAGCCCCAGAGCGACGGUGCUGAUGAAGAAGAUGGCGCCGUCUCCCGCAGCGCCCCUGCCGGCUCCUGCAUCUCGAACAGCAUCGGCGGCACCUUUCCCAUCGGCGAGGUCAUCACCGAGUCGUUUGACCUCUCGCAGCUCAGUGGCACGUGUGACGUGUUUGCGUAUCCCGACAUGUUCAAGCAGGUAACGAUGAGCCACCCAGCACCGUUCACCAUGACGGUGGAGAGGGGCGUUGUCACGCACAUCAGCAACGGUGCCCCAAAGGAGUUCCUCGACUUGCUUAGCCUUGUACGCCAGGUUGAGGGCAAGUGCUACGUGCGGGAGUUGGGCAUCGGCCUCAACCCGUAUGUAGGUCCGGCCCACGUUGUGAGCGACGUGACUACGUUUGAGCGGCAGUGGGGCAUCCACCUCUCCCUUGGCCAGCGCCACCCUCUGUUCGUAAAGCAGCGUGAACGACGCAACGCCGACGGCACGGUGGCCGCUGGGGUGCAGGUGGAUGGCCCUAUCCUCAAGCGAAAAGCCGGCAAGUAUCAUAUUGACGUUUUUGUGGAUGCAGCGCAGCUGCGCAUGGGCAACAUGUUUGUGGUUGACUUCACCAAAGGUAUCGCCGUGCCGUAA